ACAAGAUUUCUUGGCUGGGCAGCGCUCACAUAAAAAGUUGGAUGUUAGCUAUUGAGCUAUAAUAUUGCUGUUUUAUCAAGUUUAUUAACUAUUUGGGGACUUGUAUAAGGACUACACUGUCAAGAUGCCGCGAAUUAUGAUUAAGGGUGGCGUUUGGCGCAACACCGAGGAUGAGAUCCUUAAGGCAGCGGUAAUGAAAUAUGGCAAGAAUCAAUGGUCUAGAAUUGCCUCGCUGCUCCACAGAAAGUCGGCCAAACAGUGUAAAGCUAGAUGGUAUGAGUGGCUGGAUCCUAGCAUUAAGAAAACAGAAUGGUCUCGUGAAGAAGAGGAGAAGUUACUGCAUCUGGCCAAGCUGAUGCCAACACAGUGGCGAACCAUAGCCCCCAUCAUUGGCAGAACGGCUGCACAGUGCCUGGAGCACUAUGAGUUUCUGCUAGACAAAGCUGCACAGAGGGAUAAUGAGGAAGAUACUGGAGACGACCCUCGCAAACUCAAGCCAGGGGAGAUUGACCCUAACCCUGAGACUAAGCCAGCAAGGCCAGACCCUGUGGAUAUGGAUGAAGAUGAGCUGGAGAUGUUGUCAGAGGCGAGGGCCCGUCUAGCAAACACCCAGGGCAAGAAGGCGAAGCGGAAAGCCAGAGAGAAGCAGCUUGAGGAGGCUAGGCGUUUGGCAGCCUUGCAGAAGCGCAGAGAGCUGCGUGCUGCAGGCAUCGACAUUCAGAAGAAGCGAAAGAAAAAGAGAGGCGUGGACUACAAUGCAGAAAUUCCCUUUGAGAAGAAGCCUGCUCAGGGAUUCUAUGAUACAUCCAUGGAGCAGUAUGACCCACUUGAGCCUGACUUUAAACGACUUCGCCAGCAGCAUCUUGAUGGAGAGCUCAGAAGUGAGAAGGACGAGAGGGAACGUAAAAAGGACAGGCAGAAGAUCAAGAAAAAGAAAGAGUCAGACCUACCAUCGGCCAUUCUGCAGACCAGUGGAGUGUCUGAGUUCACUAAGAAGAGGAGCAAACUGGUUCUGCCUUGCCCACAGAUUUCUGAUGCUGAACUGGAGGAAGUGGUCAAACUGGGCCAGGCCAGUGAGAUUGCCCGCCAGACAGCCGAGGAGUCUGGCAUCACAAACUCCGCCUCCAGCGCGCUGCUCUCUGAGUACAGUGUCACCAAUAAUGCCAUGGCCCUCCGCACGCCACAGACUCCCGCAGCACAGGACAAAAUUCUGCAGGAAGCCCAGAAUCUGAUGGCACUUACUAACGUGGACACGCCUCUAAAGGGUGGUCUGAACACACCUCUGCAUGAGAGUGAUUUUUCUGGGGUCACCCCACAGAGGCAGGUGAUCCAGACCCCCAACACUGUGCUCUCAACACCUUUCAGAACCCCAAGUCAUGGUGCAGAAAGUUUGACCCCUCACACUGGUAUGACUCCUAAGCCUUCAGUGGGAGUGACCCCAGGCCGGACACCCCUGCGUGACAAGCUCAACAUCAAUACAGAGGAUGGCGCAGUGGACUACACUGAUCCAGCUUACGCCAAGCACCUGCAACGGGAGUCACGGGAGCAGCUGAAGGUGGGGCUAAUGGCUCUGCCUCUGCCCAAAAACGACUUUGAGAUUGUGCUCCCAGAGAACGCUGAGCGAGAUCUGGAGGAGGCAGAGGUGGACGAGAGCUUUGUGGAGGACGCUGCUGACAUCGAACUCCGGAAACAUGCAGCCAGAGAAGCUGAGAGAGAGAAGGAGUUGAAGCAGAGACACACAGCUGUACAGAGGAGCUUACCCAGACCCUCCGAAGUCAAUGAGACCAUACUGAGGCCCCAGAACGUGGAGCCUCCCCUCACAGAGCUUCAGCAAGCUGAGGAGCUCAUUAAGAAAGAGAUGAUCACCAUGGUCCACUACGACAGUCUGCAUCACCCCUUCACGGAGGCCCUGGCCAAGAAAGGCAAAGGAGCAGGCUCGGGCUCCAGCAGUGCUGAGCACAUCACUUACCUUGACAAAACUCCCUACGAGAAACUCUUAGAGGACGAUUUAAGAAAGGCUAAGGAGCUGCUGCGCCAGGAGAUGGAGGUGGUGAAGCAUGGCAUGGGUCACGGCGAGCUCUCUAUCGACGCCUACAACCAAGUGUGGGAAGAGUGCUACAGCCAGGUGCUGUACCUACCAGGACAGAACCGCUACACCAGAGCCAACCUGGCCAGCAAGAAGGACAGGAUUGAGUCCCUGGAGAAGAAACUGGAGAUCAACAGGGGUCACAUGACUAUGGAGGCCAAGCGUGCAGCCAAGUUGGAGAAGAAGAUGAAGAUCCUGUUGGGUGGCUACCAGUCACGGGCUAUGGGUCUGAUGAAGCAGCUCAGUGACCUGUGGGACCAGGUGGAGCAGGCUCACAUGGAGCUGCACACCUUUCAGGAGCUGAAGAAGCAGGAGGACACGGCCAUCCCUCGCAGACAGGAGGCCCUGAGAGAGGAUGUGCAAAGGCAACAGGACCGAGAGAAGGAGCUCCAGCAGAGGUUUGCCGACAUCCUCCUCGAUAAAGAAACCUUGCUUUCACACAAGUUCUGAAUGUGACUUUCAAAAUAUAUGUUGAACUCUUGCUUCAACCAUGGCUGUCUACACUGGUUGUAAAUCUAAAUGAAACAGUUGACACUUUUAUUUGGUUUGGUUUUGUUUAUUUUUAAUUAUUCAGCCUGUACAACAGCACCAUGUUACCAUAAGACCCCUUUAGUUUCUGCAGCAGUCAUUUUGUUCUCAAAGCUUGAGUGUGGACUUGAUUCCAAGCAGUAUUCAGAGCUCAUAGUUUGUUUUUAAAGAUCAAACUUUUUUUUUUUUUUCAUAUUGCUUACAAUUUGUAAAUAAUGAAUGGCAGUAUGUUUUUUCCCCUCCCCAAAAUGUGGCUAUUUUGAGGAUUACACUCAAUAUGAGAUCUUGUAACCUUUCAUUAGUAUGUUGAUAUCAAGGAAAUCUGUGUAUUCUCACUGGCUUUGACAGUACUAGUUUACACAAUAAACCAUCAGCUGUAACAUC